AUCAGUAGUGAGAAUGAAGCAUGUUUAGUUACAGUACUGGUUAAUGAUAAAAAGUUGAUCAUGGAGAUAGACACCGGUUCUGCUGUGACAGUUAUUAGCGAAUUUUUAUAUAAAAAGUUUUUUAGUUAUGUUCCUAUAUCAAUGUGUCACAAGAAACUCGUUGUUGUCAAUGGUGUAAAGCUAGAUGUAGUUGGGCAAAUUAUAGCAGAAAUUAUGCUCAAUGGAAAGCAAAGUACUGGUAGUUUAGUAGUGCUUAAGACUUGCAAUGAAUUUAGACCCCUUUUAGGAAGAGAUUGGAUGACAACAUUUUAUCCAAAUUGGAAAAAUGGCUUUCUCGAACCGGAAAUUAAAAAUGUUCAAAAACUUGCUAUUGAUAAAGAGCACGAGGAAGCUAUAAGAUAUGAAGCAGAUUUAGUUUUCACGUCAGAUCAGCCAAUUUUUCGAAAACCCUAUCAAGUCCCAUACAAAAUCAAAGAUAAGUUCUUAAAUCAUUUGGAUAGCUUAGAAAAACAAGGCAUCAUAACACCGAUAAAAGCCAGCGAGUGGGCGGCACCAGUUAUAGCGAUUAUUAAAAAGGACAACGAUUUGCGAAUGGUAAUUGACUGCAAAGUCUCUUUAAAUAAAGUACUCUUGCCUAACACUUAUCCUCUUCCGCUUGCUCAGGAUAUUUUUGCUUCUUUAGCAGGCAGCAAAGUUUUCUGUUCAUUGGAUCUGACAGGGGCUUAUACUCAACUAAAACUAUCAAAACGAUCAAGGAAAUAUGUUGUAAUCAAUACAGAAAAGGGUUUGUAUACGUAUAACCGUCUACCACAGGGUGCGUCGUCCAGUGCUGCUGUGUUUCAGCAGGUCAUGGACCAAGUCCUGAAAGGACUAGAAAAUGUUAGCGUUUAUUUAGACGACGUGCUCAUUGCAGCAAAAACUUUUCGUGAAUGUUUAGACAAAGUAGUACAGGUACUUGAAAGACUGGCUGCUGCAAAUAUCAGUGUUAAUUUUAAGAAAUGUAAAUUUUUCGUCGAUUCUCUACAAUACCUGGGACAUUUAAUUACAGAUGAAGGUUUGCUUCCUUCUCCUGAGAAACUUUCAACCAUCAAAGAUGCAAAGGUACCUCGAAAUGUUACGGAGCUCAAAGCAUACCUUGGCUUAGUAAAUUAUUACAACAAAUUUAUACCUAAUUUGAGUUCAAAACUUAAAUGUUUGUAUGCCUUGCUUAAGAAAAAUGCACACUUUAACUGGACUAAUGAUUGCGACAAAGUUUUUACGGAAAGUAAAGAAAACCUUUUGAAUGCAAAUUUGCUUACGUUUUACGACCCAAGGAAACCUUUAGUUGUAGUUACUGAUGCAUCUUCCUAUGGUUUAGGGGGUGUACUUGCUCAAGUUGAAAACAACACAGAAAGACCAGUAUGUUUUACAUCCUUCUCACUCAACGAUGCACAAAAAAGAUACCCUAUACUUCAUUUAGAGGCUCUUGCGUUAGUUUGCGUAAUAAAAAAAUUUCAUAAGUUUUUAUUCGGACAAAGGUUUAAGGUAUACACCGAUCACAAACCUUUAUUGGGUAUUUUCGGGAAAGAAGGGAAACAUUCAAUAUACGUAACCAGACUGCAAAGGUAUAUAAUGGAACUUUCCAUUUACAAUUUCGAAAUUGAAUACCGUCCCGCUGCUAAAAUGGGAAAUGCUGAUUUUUGCAGUCGCUUCCCAAUAAAUCAAAAAGUACCAACAUAUUUAGAACAAAAUGCCAUACAAAAUCUGAAUUUUUCUAAUGAGUUUCCUUUAGACUAUUCGUUAAUUGCAAGAGAAACUAAAUCAGAUAACUUUUUAUCAAAAUUGUCAGAAUUUGUUACUCUUGGGUGGCCAAAGAAAAUACCAAAUGGUUUUAAGAACUUUUUUGCCCAAAAAGACAUUUUAGAAAUGGUAGACGGAGUUUUGCUUGUAGAAAAUAAAGUAAUUAUUCCGGAGACACUAAAAAUGAAAAUUUUAAAACUUUUACAUGCUAAUCAUGGUGGCAUGGUAAAAAUGAAAAAACUGGCACGAACAGUAGUUUUUUGGCAUGGUAUUAAUGCAGACAUAGAAGCUUAUGUUAAACAUUGCGAUACUUGUACUAAGAUGGAAGUUGUGCCUAAACCAAAACAAACAGGAACUUGGUUACCUACUACACGACCGUUUAGUCGACUACAUGCUGAUUUUUUUCAUUUCGAAGGUAAGACCUUCCUGCUUAUUGUGGAUAGUAAUUCAAAAUGGUUAGAAGUGGAAUGGGUGCGUUUUGGAACUACAGCAAAACUAGUAAACAGAAAAUUUGCAUCAUUUUUUGCAAGGUUUGGCCUUCCAGAUAUAGUGGUUACAGAUGGAGGACCACCGUUUAAUUCGCAAGAAUUUAUGGAUUUUUUGAGGCACCAAGGAGUCAAAAUACUUAAAAGCCCUCCAUAUAAUCCGGCCAGUAAUGGCCAGGCCGAAAGGAUGGUGCGAGUAGUUAAGGACGUUUUAAAGAAAUUUUUGAUAGACAAUCAAACGAAAUCUUUGGACAUAGAGGAUAAGUUAAAUCUCUUUCUCAUUAACUAUAGAAAUAGUUGUCUUGGUGAGGAAGGAGCUUUUCCUUCUGAAAAAGUGUUAAAUUUCAAACCUAAAAUGCUUUUAGAUUUGAUAAAUCCAAAGAAAACAUAUAAAAACUUUAUUGAAAGAAGUACUAAAACCGAUGAAAACUUUCAGUUUAUAGAAAAAAGCAUUUCAAAUGAACUUGAUAACUUGAAGGCAGGGGAUAAGCUGUUAUAUAAAAACCAUAAUCAAAAAGAUAUACCCAAAUGGCUAGAAGCAAAAUUUGUUAAAAGAAUGUCUAUUAAUGUUUUUCAGAUUGCUCUGGGUUCACAUGUACUGACAGCUCACAGACAUCAGCUAAAGAUGUUGGGACAACCAAAUCGAAGAACCAAGGUGAUGACGGCUAAGAAGGAAUGCACGAAUAGACGUUUUUCUUUGGACGAAGAAGAAGACUUCAUGGGAUUCCCGAUCGUAAGUGUCGACCAAGAACGAUCGGGCUCAGAAAUAGACGCCGUUGAGAAAUCAUGUUUGAAUCCCGGAGUUUCAAAGGAUGUAGCUGAACAAAACGAAGCUUAUCGUCAAUCUAGGAAAAGAAAACAUAUCGCAAGAAGCCCUAUAGUGACUCGGUCUAAGUUAAGACGAAUCAGUCAAGAUUAAAUUUUGGCGUUCUGAGCAUAGUUAAUGUUGAUUAUUGUAUUUUCGAUCGACAUUUAAGUGCAGCUAAGACUAAUACAUUGUAAUAGCAUGUGUUGCUUUCUGAAUAUAGCUUAGUAAAAUAAUUCCUGUAAGAAUUAACUAAACAGGGAAGAAUUGUUAUAUCUGAACAUGUUAUAAACUGGUCACUCUAUAAGUUCCAAUUAUAAAAUUAUAUACUUACCCAUACUUAUCUACCUUCUCUCAGAAGCUCUGUAUGCAUGAUGAAAAGAAUAAAUAUUCAUUCGAAGUUGAGCCGUACUCGGUAACGGAGCCAAACUAAAG